UCCAGUAUUUUAUUUAUUUUGAAUACAGAAUUUUAGUUUACAACACAAAUGUCAGACGACGAAGGUGAGACCUUCUACGACGCUCAGCCAGAGCACCAAGCCGAGAGCCUUCCUACCACGACGACGACGACGACGCCGACGACGACCGUCUCAGUCUCAAGCGAUGCUGCACCCACCGCGACCGAGGAGAUGACUACUGCUACUACUUCUACUAUUACUCCUGCGAGUGCUGCUGCUUCAUCAUCGAACGGCAGCAGCACGACGCGUGGCGACGGCAACGACCUAGAGUCUGCUGCUCAGUCAUCAUCGCCAAGCACAGGCGCACCAGCCACGGAGCCAGUGCAGCCAGCAAUGCAGGAUGGUGGCCAUGCCGAGACAGAGCAGGCGGCCGCUUCAUUGACCGCGGACAGCGUCGAGAACGCCGAGAACGUUGAGAACGUCGAAACGGAGGCUGAAAUCCCGCCAAUUGCGCGCGAACUCACUGACGAUGACCGAGCACGCUUGAAAGAACUGCGACAGUCCGGAAACGCUCACUUUGGCGCUGGCCGAUACAAUGAAGCCAUCACCGAUUACACGGAGGCCUUGGACAUUGCAGCAAGCGCGGGCGACGUUGAAGCGGCCAUUUUCUUCUCAAACCGUGCGGCAUGCUAUUCCAAGCUGAACAAUCAUGCACUGGUAGUUGAAGACUGCGAUGACGCAUUGCGAAUCAAUCCCGAAUACGGCAAAGCACUGACUAGGCGUGCGGUUGCGAACGAAGCGCUGGAACAUUUAGACGAGGCGCUUCGCGAUUACGAGGCGCUCUUGAAACUGGAUCCGAACGACGCGGCCGCAAAGCGGGCUGUCAAGCGACUUCCUGACCAAAUCCGAGAACGAAAUGAAAAGCUCAAGGACGAAAUGCUUGGCAAGCUCAAAUCUCUCGGCAACAUGGUACUUGGAAAGUUUGGUCUGUCCACGGACAACUUCCAGAUGGUGCAAGACCCGACCAGUGGAUCGUACUCGAUCAACUUUAAGCAAUAGCGUAACAUUUGGUGAUUUGUGCAUGGCAACCUGGGAGUUGUGUAAUUCUACAUUGUACCAACUAGA